AUGCUCUGUGUUAUAAAAUUUCCAGCUGCUAAGGCAAAUGAAAGAAGACCGAGGGCAUUCGUAAUGCGUGUCUCAGAUGAUGAAAUGGAGGAAUUAGAAAGGGAUGGUGAGGAAAGAGAGACUCAUGGCCGGCAAUUGGUUGCCAGUAGACGAUUCGCCUGUGAUGAACUUUAUUUAAGUGACAGUGAUGAUUCUGAAGAUGAGUUGACUCUUGGAACCCAGCUCCAAUUGAUGAAUAGAGUGGGCUUAGUGGAAGGUGCACUGUCUGAGUUAGCCCAUGAACAUCAGCUUAGCAUAACGGAGGAAAUUAGAAAUCAAAUAUUAGCAUUGGAGGGAGAUCUGAUUAAUGAAAAUGAGAAGUUCACCUCUGCACUUGUUCGUGUUGAGAAAUAUACCGAAGCACAACGAGAGAUAGACAGAAAACUUGACAUGCAGUAUCAACGAAGAAUUGCAGAAGCGCUUGAUAAUCACUUGACUGCUGUCCAGAGGGACCAUGAAUACAGAUCCCAAAUCGAAGAAAGGAAAAUAAGAGAUGAUGCAGCUCUGGAAGAGGCUAAAAAAAAGGAAAAGACUCUUCAAGAAGAAAAGUUGCGCCAAGAAAAAAUUAACGCAGAAGCAGAG